GGCUUCUGAAAACCGGAAGUCAAUCUACAUCUCUUCCGGUGUGACAACAUCCUCAAUGGCGCGCGCAAGUGUUUUUAGCUGGACGUGAGAUCGAAGCAGGACAUUGAAUAUUGAAAGUAGUUGUCGUAAACAUAUUCAGGACUGUAAACUUAGCCUGUAAUAGUGAUGUUAUAACCAUUUGUAAAAUGCUAAUUUGCCGAGGGAGAAGGGCAAGUAAUUGUUACAUAUCGUCCGGUGUUGCAUCCUUGCUCACGCGGACACAUGCUUCAGCCCGGAGAGAGGCAGCAGGAUCUGACUCUGACAAAAGACCGAAUCUGAGAGCUAUUGACCUUGCACUUAAAAUUCGCCUGGAGAAGGAGAAAGAAAAGGCAACUGUUGGUGGAUCAAAAAAAGGAGUCCCUAAUUCCUCGGUCCCAUUGUCGCCACUGCAAAAGAGGGUCACCGAACUGCGACAGUUCACGCAGCAGCUCCAGAAUGUCCAUCCCAAUGUUCUGGCCAAGCACCUUCAAAGAGGUCUGAUCUACCCUCAUCCGGAACUUGCGGUCAUCAAUAAGCCAUAUGGAAUUUAUGUUCAAGAUGGGUCAAAGGCCAACAACAGCAUCUCUGAUGUGCUUCCAAUCAUUUCCAAGAUGAUAGAUGGCAUGAAGGCAGAGUCUCAGCUGCACAUCUGCCUUGGAUUGGACAAGGAGACGACUGGGACUCUCCUGCUGGCAAGGACCAAGGAAGCAUUGGACUGCGUACAAAGCCUCCACAGAAACCACCAAGUGCAAAGAAAAUAUUGGGUGGUGACGGUGGGUGUGCCCGUGCCCUCGGAAGGUGUCAUUGACAUCCCCAUCAUAGAGAGAGAGGUCACAGGAGCUCAGCCUCACUACAAGAUGGGCCUGAGUCCCGUGUACAGAGUGAGUAAUGGGGGCGAGGGGGUGACCAAAGUCCGGGCCAAUCGCCAUGCCCAGGGGGCUGUUACCCAGUACCGAGUCCUGGACAGCAGCAAUGGAUGCAGCCUGGUGGAACUCCAGCCAAUCACAGGGGUAAAGCAUCAGCUAAGGGUCCACAUGGCUUAUGGCUUGGGAUGUGCCAUCCUCGGAGACCAUAAAUACUCCCACUGGAUAAAACUGGCGCCCCAGAAACUGCCAGAUGGUGUGUUACGGAAGCUGGGACUGGAACAGAGCAAGGCCCGUCAUCUUCCACUCCACCUGCACGCCCGUCAGCUGACACUGCCUGAGUUCAAAGGUCAGAGGGACAUCACAGUGUCCUGCCCUCUGCCAAAGUUCUUCACCAGCACUCUGCGACGACUGCAGAUCCCGAUUCCAGAUAAGAAAGACGACGACAAAUGAUGCUUCAGCAGUGACUAUGCCGAGGAGAUAAAACGAAUUACCUUCAGAUUAGGAGAGACUUGUGCUUCAGGAUUAUGGAGCGGCAUCACUUCUGUUUAAGUGAUCCAUGACCUAAUGGUAGCCCAAGUCCAAUACCUGACUGGGAAAAUAAUUGUAUUUUACAAAUAAAUUAUGACAACAGUA